CCACAGCUGCCCCUCACGCUGUCCAGCUGUCUUGUGUCAACCGUUGAGACGUUCAAGUUCCUGGGAAUUACAGUCUCUCAGGACCUGAAGUGGGCGAUCAACAUCAACUCCGUCCUGAAAAAGGCCCAGCAGAGGAUGUACUUCCUGCGGCUUCUGAGAAAGCACGGCCUGCCACAGGAGCUGCUGAGGCAGUUCUACACAGCGGUCAUUGAAUCAGUCCUGUAUUCUUCCAUCACAGUCUGGUUUGGUGCUGCUACAAAAAAGGACAAACUCCGACUGCAACGGACAAUCAAAACUGCUGAAAGGAUUGUCGGUACCCCCCUACCCACCCUUGAGGACUUGCACGUUGCCAGAACUAAGACAAGAGCGUGCAAAAUCCUCUUGGACCCACCACAUCCCGGUCACCAGCUCUUCCAGCUCCUUCCCUCAGACCUCUUCAGCCUGUUCACCAGUGAUCCGGGUGGAUAUGCUGCCAGGGAGGACGUAGAAGCCGUGCUGCAGGUUUUGGAUGGAGAACUUCCAGCCUCCCUUGGGAAAUGCUUUAACAAGGGGGAUAAGGUGAACUAUGAGCACUUCAGGGACUGGCUCUUGGAGAAUAAAGAAGCCUUCACUUUGUCCAGAUGGCUUCUGUCAGGAGUGUGUGCCAUUCUAACAGAUGACAGUGACACACCUACUUUCUACCAGACCCUGUCAGGCGUCACACACUUGGCAGAAUCUGACAUUAUAGACUUGGAGAAGCACUAUUGGCUGCUGAAAGCACAGUCAAGAACUGGCCGCUUUGACUUAGAAACUUUCAUCCCACUGGUCUCGCCUCCAAUCCACAUCUCCUUAUGUGAAGGUUUGUUUUUUGCCUUUGAUGAAAAUCGGGACAACCACAUUGAUUUUAAAGAAAUAUCUUGUGGACUCUCAGCCUGCUGUAGGGGACCUAUUGCUGAAAGGCAGAAAUUCUGCUUCAAAGUGUUUGAUGUGGACCGGGAUGGAGUUCUGUCACAUGAUGAACUCAGUGAUAUGGUUCUGGUCUUGCUGGAGGUCUGGAAGGACAAUCGCAUUGACAUGGUCCCUGAGCUGUACAAUAAUGUGUCAGACAUCGCCAAGGGCAUUUUAAAAGUGCAUGACACAACCAAACUCGGCUACCUGACCCUGGAGGACUACCAAAUCUGGAGUGUACAGAAUGCUUUGGCUCAUGAAUUUUUAAACCUUCUGUUCCAGGUUUGCCACAUAGUAUUGGGGCUCACGCCUGCUACCUCUGAGGAGGAGGGACAAAUCAUCAGGGGUUGGUUAGAGCGAGAGAACAGACUUGGGCUACAGCCUGGCCAUAGCUGGUUUCUCAUAUCUGUACAAUGGUGGCAGCAGUGGAAGAACUACACUAAUUACGAUCAGCCAUCCAUCUUAAACUCUCUUCAAACUCUGAAGUCAACAGCCACCUUAGCAGCUGAUAGAUCAGAUGAGCUGGAAGGAAUUAUUCAUGCAUCUGAAAGGUCUACUGAUGGUCUGGCACAUGCAGAGACUGCAAAAAUUGCCCAUGGUCACAUUUCCUUCCAAGCAGCACAAAGGCCUGGAGCCAUUGACAACCAAGAUCUGGUCGCUAUUGACUCCAUCAAGGUUCCAACAUUAACGAUGGAGGGCGGUAGGCUGAAACGCAGCUUGCGGAAUCAUAGACAUUUUGAGAUUGUGCCAGAGCUGGUUUGGCGAGCACUUUACCACUGGUAUGGUGCCAACCUCAACCUGCCACGACCAGUAAUCCUGAACAGUAACACAGGCCAAGCUGAAUUGGAGCUUUUCCCUUGUUACCUCCUCUUCCUACGGCAUGAGUCAGCCACGCCCUCCUCACAGUCCAAUAUCUGGAGCAAUAUAGGUAAUGUGCCACCCCCCAGCGUUCCUCUGACGCGAGUGUUGGUCUACACUGCCUGCUUUAGCCGUAAGGCAUCCAUCAAGGACAUUCAUCUCUUCGUGUCUCACAGACUUCGCAUCAAGGAGGAAACCAUUAGACUGUGGCUCUAUAACAGCGAGAACUACCUCACUCUCCUGGAUGAUGAGGAUCAUACACUUGAAAGUUUGCAGAUCCAGGAUGAGCAGCAGCUAGUCAUUGAAAUCAGGAACAAAGACAUGAGCUGGCCUGAAGAGAUGUCUUUGAUUACCAACAGCAGUAAGAUGGAAAGACAUAAAGUGCCAACAGAGAAGGGGGCCACAGGCCUUAGUAACCUUGGCAACACCUGUUUCAUGAAUUCUAGCAUCCAAUGUGUGAGUAACACAAGGCCUCUCACAGACUACUUCAUCACCGGGGGACAUUUCUAUGAGCUUAACAGAUCCAACCCCAUUGGUAUGCAAGGUCACAUGGCAAAAUGUUAUGGCGAUCUCGUGAUGGAGCUGUGGAAUGGGACACAGAAGAAUGUGGCUCCUCUCAAACUCAGGUGGACAAUAGCAAAGUACGCUCCACGCUUUAAUGGCUUCCAGCAGCAGGAUUCCCAAGAGCUGCUGGCAUUCCUGUUGGAUGGUCUCCAUGAAGACUUAAACAGAGUCCACGAGAAGCCCUAUGUGGAGCUUAAAGACAGUGAUGGCCGGCCUGACUGGGAGGUGGCUUCUGAGGAGACUAUGUUCAACUUCAAGGCAUGGGAGAAUCACCUGCGUAGGAACCGCUCUAUUGUGGUGGAUCUUUUCCAUGGUCAACUAAAGUCACAAGUAAAAUGCAAGACCUGUGGCCACAUCAGCUCACGUUUUGACCCUUUCAACUUCUUGUCCCUGCCUCUACCCAUGGAUAGAUCCAUGCAUCUGGAGAUAACCGUUAUUAAACUGGAUGGUUCCACUCCUGUGUGCUAUGGCUUAAGGUUAAAUAUGGAUGAGAAAUACACCGGACUAAAAAAGCUGCUGAGUGUCAUGUGCAAACUGAAGCCUGAACAGAUUCUUCUCGCUGAAGUUCAUGGUGCCAAAAUUAAGAAUUUCUCCCAGGAUCACCAGAAGGUCCGUCUGACUGUAAGCAGCUUUUUGUGUGCUUUUGAGAUCCCAGUGCCAGGUUCUCCAGCAUCAAAACCGCCAGUCAACAGUAUAACAUCUAAUGGUCACCAAGAAAAUGACCCCGUCCUCAUUUGGAACGAAUGGCCACCCAGUGCAGUCUGCAAUCCAGAAGCGUCACUGGCGAAGGGGUUCCUAAAUGUGCAAAAUAUCCUGGGAAAUGGUAGUGCUGUUACUGGCUACAUCAUUGCCAUGCACAGAAAGAUGAUGCGUACAGAGCUUUACUUCUUGUCAUCUCAGAAGAACCGACCCAGUCUAUUUGGCAUGCCACUGAUUGUUCCCUGCACUGUCCACACCACUAAGAAGAACCUGUAUGAUGCUGUCUGGAUGCAAGUAUCUCGACUUGUCAGCCCACUGCCGCCUCAGGAUUCAAGCAACCAUGCCCAGGAUUGUGAUGACAGCAUGGGUUACCAGUACCCCUUCACUUUACGGGCUGUGGAUAAGGACGGUACCUCAUGUGCCUUUUGCCCUUGGUAUAGGUUCUGUAGUGGCUGUACAAUUUCGUGUACAGACGAAAGAGCAUCAUUAAGCAAUGCUUACAUUUCUGUGGACUGGGACCCUACUGCCCUGCACCUACGCUACCAGACCUCCCUGGAGAGAGUUUUCGAGGAACAUUGCAGUGUGGAGAUGUCUCAUCAGACCCAAGCUGAGCCGAUCAGUCUAGAUAGUUGCCUGAAUGCCUUCACAAGCGAGGAAGAGCUCGGGGAAGAUGAGCUCUAUUAUUGCUCGAAAUGUGAAACCCACCGGCUGGCCACAAAGAAACUUGACCUCUGGAGACUUCCACCAAUACUGAUUGUCCACUUCAAGCGGUUCCACUUUGUGAAUGGUUGUUGGAUCAAGUCUCAAAAGAUUGUUAAGUUCCCAAGAGAGAAUUUUGACCCCAGCAACUUCUUGGUUUCCAGGGACCUUGAACUGUGCUUCCCUCAUUCAUACACCUCUCCUGCUUUGAGCAGGGAGCCACCACCGUGCCAGAACAGCAGCACAUCUGCCAACCCCAAAGCUUGCGGUGGAGGUUAUGAGCCCAUAUGUCAACAUCCGCCCCAGAUGAACCGCAGACUUCGCCUUUCCAAUAGCAAUGAGAAUCUGGAGGAAUCUGCUGAGGCUGAGUCACAAGACUACACACCACAGGAUGACACGGCUGGAGGAGAUGAAUUUGGCCUGAGGUCAGAACAUCUACUUGAGUCAGUUUCAGCAUACAGUCUCAAGGCUUCUACAAGGCACACUGACGUGAUCAGGAUUCAUGACUUAACCACAAACUGCAGCACAGAGAGCCGAAAAAGAAAGGGUUUUGAUUCCAUCUACAGCCUCUAUGCAAUAUCAUGCCAUACAGGAAUCAUGGGUGGAGGCCACUAUGUGACAUAUGCCAAAAACCCCAAUGGGAAGUGGUACUAUUACAAUGAUAGCAGCUGUAAGGAAGUGCAUUUUGAAGAGAUUGAUACCGACUCAGCCUACAUGCUCUUUUAUGAGCAACAGGGAGUAAAUUACUCACAGUUCCUGCCAAAGAUGGACGGCCAGAAGAUGGCGGACACCAGUGGCAUCGAUGAAGACUUUGAGUCAGACUACAAGAAAUACUGUGUCAUCCAGUGAUCUGGUCUCGCUUUUCAUCAACCAUGACCACAUCUGCUUCCUGUUUUCUCCUGCUCCUCUCAGAAAGUUCCAGAUCAUCUAAUUAUUCUGAACAAUAAUAAACUAUAAUUACUAUCGACAAUACCCUUAAAAAGUAAGGGGUAUUCUACUUUUGACUGAAAUAUGAACAUAAAAUGCAUUAUAACCGUUACAGGUGAACUUAAUUAGACCAUCUGUAAACCUUUGAAUGCCAAUCCACACAAAAGCCCAAUAUCGCUAACGUUUUGUGAGAAGUGUAUAGGCUAUCCAAUUUUUAUUGGCCAGUCACAAGGAAUACCAUAUGACUUUGCUAGUCCCAUUGAUACCAACAGUCUAUCUGAUGUAUUAAUUAUUUCCUCCUUUGUCUUUCGCAGGAUUACUGAUAAGACACUGACCCCCAAAAAACAAAAAAUUCCCCUGGAUUUGCAUUAACAAGCCCCUCCAAAAGUAUUAGAACGGCAAGGUCAAGUCCUUUGUUUUUGUUGUAUACUGAAGAUAUUUCGGUUUCAAAUCAAAAGAUGAAUAUGAGACAAAAGUUCAGAAUUCCAGCGUUUCUUUCACGUUAUUUACACCUAGACGUGUUAAAAAACACGGGGACAGAGCACCCUUUGUUUGAAGCCACCCAACGUUUCAAGUGAGCAAAGUAUUGGAACAGACAUUAAAUUAAAGUGAAUAACAUUUAAUAUUUGGUGGCAUAAGCCUUACUUUCAAUAACUGCAUCAAGGCUGCGACCCAUUGACUUCAGACUGUUGCAUUCUUCAUUUGAAAUGCUUUUCCAGGCUUUUACUAAGGUCUUUCAGGUCUUGUUUCUGGGGGUUUCUCUGUUCAGUCUCCUCUUCAGGAGGUAAAAUGCAUGCUCUAUUGGGUUAAGGUCUGGUGAUUGACUUGGCCAGUCUAAGACCUUCCACUUUUUCUCCCUGAUGAAGUUCUUUGUUGUGUUGGCAGUGUUUUGGGUCAUUGUGUUGUUGCAUAAUGAAGCGUCUCCCGAUUAGUUUGGAUGCAUUUUUCUGUAAAUUGCCAAACAAAAUGGUUUUGUAGACUUCAGAAUUCAUUCUGCUGCUACAAUCAUGAGUUACAUCAUCAAUAAAGACUAGUGAACCCGUUCCAGAAGCGACAUGACCUCUACCAUGCUUCACAGAUGAGCUUGUGUGUUUUGGAUCAUAAGCAGAUCCUUUCUUUCUCCAUACCUUGGCCUUUCCAUCACUUUGGUCGAGGUUAAUCUUGGUCUCAUCUGUCCAUAAAACAUUGUUCCAAAACGUUUGUGGCUCAUCCCUGUACUACUUUGCAAAAUCCAGUCUGGCCUUCUGAUGCUUUUUGCUGAUGAGUGGUUUGAAUCUUGCGGUAUGGCCUGUAUACUUCUUCUCUCGAAGUCUUCUUCGGACAAUGGAUUGUGAUACCUUUACCCCUGCCCUGUGGAGGCUGGCAGUGAUGUCACUGGGUGUUUCUGUCAUCAAGAGCUGUUGAUACCCUUGGCCGACCUGUUCAAUGUCUGUUGCUCAGUACACCAGUAGUUUCUUUCUUUUCAGGACAUUCCAAAUUGUUGUAUUGGCGAUGCCCAAUGUUUGUGCAAUAGCUCUGGUCUAUUUUGCCUCUUCUCUCAGCUUCUAAAUGGUUUGCUUUUCUCCCAAAGACACCUCUUUGGGCUUCAUGUUUGCUUAACAGCCAAUGCAGUUUUCACAGGUGAAACCCAAAGCCAAAAACAAGCACUAUCUAAUGUUUAAGCAGUCAACACCUGAGCAACUUGAAACACCCAUCAGUCACAUGUUCCAAUACUUUUGCUCACUUGAAAAGUGGGUGGCUUCAAACAAAAGGUGCUCUGUCCCGAGUUGUUUAACACAUUUAGAAGUAAAUACCAUGAAAUAAAAGAUGGAAUUCUGAACUUUUGUCUCAUAUUCAUCUUUUGAUCUGAAAUCCAAAUGUCUUCAAUAUACAACAAAAAUGAAUUGACCUUGCCGUUCCAAUGCUAUUGGAGCGGACUGUAUGUUCAGAAGUGUGGACAAUAACAGUUUUUAUGAUUUUGUACUGAUACACAACCACAAUCUAUUUGAAAUAAAAACAAGAUGUGAUAAACGUGUACACUGUCAGCUUUAAAUUCAGGAGUUUCACAGAAAUGGGACCUUUUAAGAUGUGUAGCCAUUUUACGCAGAGUACCUGGGUACUGUUGGAGUGUUGGCGUUAUAUCCUAUGCAGGCCCAAGGCCCCAGAUUACAAAUUAAUAAACUACCACCACACUCACCAA